UGACUUCUACUCUCACUUUACUUUCUUACACGUAAGAGGCAACACAGAAAGUUCCAGGUGGAAGAAAACGCCGGACUGGUCUCUCUUCACUGGAACGGUUUCUUCAGGCCUAGGCAUUUUCCACAGCGUGGGCUUCUGCCAUUUCUUCAUUAUUCCCAAUCGGAAAGUUGUCUGCUUUCCACCACAGCCACCUCCACAUUUUCUCCAUCCACUUCGCCUUCAAUUUCUCCCCCAUUCGUCAAAACUCGAGAUAGCUGACCACCGCGAGCAGGUUCAGUUGAGCAGAAACUUCAAUAUUUACUCACAUUUUUCAAACCCUAGAGUCCGUACACUAGCCUUUUUUUUAUUUUCUGGGGUUGGGUGUUUUUUUUGUGCGGAGCAUAGGAAAUGGAGUUUGAUCCGAGGGUUGUUGUGAUUGAUGAUACAGAGGAUGAUCUCAACGGCUGCAGUGUUCAUGAGUUUAUAUCUUCGUUGAGAUCUUCGUUUCGGCCGCCUGAUUUUGAUAGAAUGGAGGAGUACUUGAUGUUGAGGGAGAAGAAUCGGAAGCGAGAGAAGGAGGAUUUAGAGGCGAAGACGAAGAAAAUUUCGGACGCAUUGUCGGCUGAACUCGGGAAAAAAAGGAUAGAGAACGAGUUGCUUGAGGGGAGACACGCAGAAGAGGUUUCGGAGAGACUGUUGCUCCAAGGCGAAUUGAAUGAGUGUAAGAGACAGUGCGAACGGCUCAAAGAGAAUGUGACUCGAUUGAGCGAAGAUCAGAGGGUGAUGUGUGAUAGAGAGAAGAGAGGUGAGGAGAGAUAUGGCAGGUUGUUGGAAGAAUUGAAGAGAAAUGAGGAAUGUAUUGCUCAAUUGAACUGUAGGAACACGGAAUUGGAAUGUGAGAAAAGAUCGGGGGAGGCUGAGAAUGAGAUGUGGAAGAAAAGAUUUGGGGAGCUGGAGUCUAGGAUAUUGGCAUUGGAAGAAGACACUGAAAUGUUGAAGAGGGCAGAACCCAACUUUUAUGAGAGAAUGAAGGGGGACUUCCGAGUGAGAACUGCAGGCUUCCCUGAAUUGAGGGCUGAGCAGGAAGCAGGUACCAUUAUAAAAAUUAAGAAAGAGAUGGACCUGGAAUCAACUUCGGGGAAUUUGGAAACUAUGCCAAUUGAUCAAAUUGUGAGGAAUUCUGUUAAAAAAUAUCAUGCCUCACCAGGUGCAGGCUCUAGCUGCCAUACCCCUCCCAAAGGAAUCCGAAGUUUACAGGGCGGAGGUGGUGGAACACCUGCAUUUGUAGGCUCUAUCAAUAUCAGUGACAGUGAUGAUGAAAUGCCCAAAGUAAUGAGAAGUAAUUCAACUGAUCAUGAUUCAAAAGAAGUUAUGAGUGGAAAAGAAGAGCUUCCUCAAAAAAUGAAACAGGUCAUGCUUUUGAAUCAAAGAGGUACCCGAGAUAAACUUGAAAGCAAACAAGAAAGUUUGGGUUGUACUGAUGCAGAAGAUACUCCAAAAAGAAAAGAAGCUUCUUCUUUGACACGUAAUCCAGUGUUUUUGAAGCGAUUCAAAGGAGGAACUAAUGCAGAAGAUACCUGCGAUAUAUUUAACAGUGAUGAUAGCUCCUCUGGCUCUGAAAGUGAAGGACCUGACGAUUUUACUUUUGAUCUGAUUAUGUCAAAACUUCAAAGCAACCAACGGGGAUGAUGCAUUCAGGUAUAACCGUAUGACAAACAAAGCAAGGGGGACUGCUGCUUUGGCCAAGUAACUGAAGAAAUUCAUUACAGAAGUACAACCCAGAAGGCCUUGAUGCAACUGACUAGCCAUUACCAGAAGGAUGUCAGUUUUUGAAUUUCCAUUCUUGCAUGGAUUUCAAACCCUCCAUCAGGUUUUUUUCUCCUCUAGGUAUGAGCAUGUAUGUAGUUUUUCCUUGUCCGGCUUUUCUGAACUAGAAGAAUACUCGAUGUUACAAAUUUCGGUUUAUGUAGCCUUUCCCUUUUAAGCCUUCUAGGGUUUCUCAUACAUGAUAGUAAAUGUUAUGGAUCUCGCUUUACGAAUACUAUCAAAUCCUAUGCCCUCUAAAAUUUUCCAUUCUAUAGAAUGCAGGUUGUAUUUGUAUAUGCCUUGUGACCGUUGCAUCUCUGCCUAAUUCUAAAUGUAACUUUUUUUGCACUGUUUGAGUUA